CCUCUUUCUGUGGGAAUCCCCUUAACAACGUGUUCGGUCCGUAGAAAAAUAUUUUGGCUUGUCGGCGGUUUUGACUCUCUGCAGUCAACUGUGACUCACCAGUGGGACGCUUAAGCCUGCCUGCUUCACCACUGGGAAAGGAGGGAGAGAAACUAUGGCAGAGCAGGGCUUCGAGGAUUUACAGCUGAGCCAGAAUCUACCCUUCAGCCAGGAUUCAUUUAAAGAGCUGUGGGACCAGCUACCUGUGACUGAAUCUCUGUCUGUCAGUUUGGACACUAUCUCAACCGUGAACAGCAGUACAGCGGGUCAUGAUGAAACCUGGAGGCCAGAUGGCACCAUGGAGAUGUUUCAGCUCAUCAAUGACCAACAGUUAACAGAGAACUUUGAUGAAAAUCUCUUUGAGCUUCCAAAUGACGUUGUGCAAAAAGACGGCAUUACACCCCCAGCAUCCACUGUUCCGGUUACAACUGAUUACCCUGGCGAAUGCGGGUUCCAGCUGAGAUUCCAGAAGUCUGGAACAGCAAAAUCAGUGACUUCAACUUACUCAGAGGUGCUCAACAAACUGUACUGUCAGCUGGCAAAGACCAGUCCCAUUGAGGUGCUGGUGAGCAAGGAGCCUCCUCAGGGUGCUGUACUCAGGGCCACCGCCGUGUACAAGAAGACGGAGCACGUGGCUGAUGUUGUUCGCAGAUGUCCCCAUCACCAGAACGAGGACACUGCGGAGCAUCGCAGCCAUCUGAUUAGAGUGGAGGGCAAUCAGAGGGCUCAGUAUUUUGAAGAUCUACACACAAAGAGACAGAGUGUGACUGUACCAUAUGAGCCCCCACAGUUGGGCUCAGAGAUGACCACCAUCCUGCUGAGCUUCAUGUGCAACAGCUCCUGCAUGGGCGGGAUGAACCGCAGACCUAUCCUCACCAUCCUGACCCUGGAGACUCCAGAGGGGCUGGUUUUGGGCCGGAGGUGCUUCGAGGUGCGCAUCUGCGCUUGUCCAGGCAGGGACCGUAAAACUGAGGAGGACAAUAAACAGAAGAAGGAGAGCGGCACCAAAGAGAUGAAAAAACGAAAGAGCGCACCACCACCUGACACCACGUCCACAAAGAAGUCCAAAUGUACCUCCAGUGCUGAGGAGGACGACAAGGAGGUUUUUCUCCUCCAUGUUCGUGGGCGUGAGCGUUACGAGAUGUUGAAGAAGAUCAAUGAUGGUUUGGAGCUGCUUGACAAGGACAGCAAAAGCAAGUCAAAGGUCUCAGUGAAGCAUGAGGUUCCCGUGCCCUCCAGUGGAAAGAGGCUGCUGCAGAGAGGAGAGAGGAGUGACAGUGACUAAGAUGCCCGUCACCUCAAUUUCGAAAACAAACGUCACGUUUUUGUCUAAGCCUUCAGGUUUAUUUCAGGUUUUAAAUGCCCAUUUAAAAACCAAAAUGCCAUCCUGCCUCAGUUAAAAAGGUUUCUAAAACUGUACUGCCUGAUCAGUCACUGUACACUGACAUACUGUUGUGUUCAGUUUUUUUUUUUUUUUAAAUAUUUUUGAAAAAAAAACCUAUGUUCCUAAUUGGGUUAGAGCCGUUCAGCAUGGUUUGAGUGAGAUUAAGAAUGAUCCUUGUCAUAACGAGUCACUGCCGUUUAUUUAAAUAAAGUUCAAAGCUAGGCUUGGAAAACUUGAAUGGAAUUUGCCUCUAAUGUUGCUGUAUUACUGUGCUACAGUCCUGUCGCACUAUGUAAUUUUAAAAAAAAAAUAAAAUAUAUAUUUUGCAUGAUUGUCUGGGAAAUGCAACCACCUCUGCCCAACCUUGAUUCAUAUGCAAUAUGUAAUCAUGUUUGCAGUGUAAAACAGAACUAACCCGUGGUAUUAACUGAUCAUUCUUUAGUGGGGCUUUUUUUUUUUUUUUUUUUUUUAAAUGCAGAUGUAUCAGUUUUGUCACUUUUUGUUUCGCCUGUUGUUGGGAACAUUUUUUAUUAUCAGUUAGAUUUGGUAGAUGAGGGGCUGGCUGGAUCAUCCCCUGAACUAACAGUCUUUUAGUAUAGAUUUUAUUACAGGAGAAAAAAAAAAGACAAGUGUCUGAUGUUAUAAGUUAGUGUUACUUGAGUAGUCGCACACAGUAAAUAGAUGUAAUGAGAACAAAACCUUUUUUUUUUUUUUUUUUUUUUUUUUUUUUUCUGCUUUUUUUUCCCUUCCCCUUUUGGACCUUUUUCAUAAAAGGAAGUGAAUGUGAGCUCUCACGUUUGCAUUUAAACGUCAUGUUGUUGUCCCCACUGACCAAACAGUUUUUACACUGCCAACAAAAAUGUGUUAAAAGGCAUUCCUCUUAUUAUUUUUGAUUAUUUGGGGAAAAUAGUUUUGUAUAAGAGGGUUUCUCUAUAUUUUUCUGUUAUUUUUCACUUUUGUAUUGUACUAAUUACUUUUUUGUGUAACUAAGCUUUAACGUAAAAUAAAUGCGAUAAGGAUCA